GGCAGGAUGAAUUCAGAAAGAGACUCUGAAACGACCUUUGAUGAAGACACUCAGCCCAAUGAUGAGGAGGUUCCCUAUAGCGAUGAUGAGACAGAAGAUGACUUGGAAACUCAACCUGAGGUUGAGCCAGAACAAAACCGUUUUAACAUAGAGGUGGAAGCAACUCGAGAGACACUUCGAAAAGAUUGCAGCUGGCAAGUUAAAGCAAAUGACAGAGCUUUCUAUGAGCAACCCCAAUUUAAGAAAACAAUAUUCCUUUGUAUUCAGAAAAGUAAAUACGCGGGGAAUGUCAUCAAAACCUACAAGUAUAAUCCAAUUACCUUUUUGCCAUUGAAUUUAUAUGAACAGUUUAAAAGAAUUGCCAAUUUCUAUUUCCUUGUUCUACUUAUUUUACAGACAAUUCCUCAGAUAACGACUCUGUCUUGGUAUACUACGUUGGUUCCGUUACUCCUCGUCUUGGGUAUCACUGCAGUUAAAGAUCUAGUGGACGAUAUUGCACGCCAUCGGAUGGACAGUGAAAUUAACAAUCGAACAUGUGAUGUAAUCAAGGGCAAGAGUUUUCAGAACACAAAAUGGAAAGACAUUGUAGUUGGCGAUAUCAUCCGUUUGGGGAAAAAUGCAUUUGUUCCUGCUGAUAUUUUGUUGUUGUCCAGUUCAGAACCCAAUAGCCUUUGUUAUGUAGAAACAGCUGAAUUAGAUGGGGAAACCAACUUAAAGUUCAAAAUGUCACUGGAAGUAACAGACAGGUGCCUUCAGGAAGAAAGUGCACUUGCAGUAUUUGAUGGCCUGGUAGAGUGUGAAGAGCCCAACAAUCGUCUAGAUAAAUUUACAGGUGCUUUGUUAUGGAGAGGAAAGAGAUAUGCUUUGGACUCUGAUAAAAUUUUGUUACGUGGUUGUAAAAUCCGGAACACGGAAGUAUGUCAUGGACUUGUCAUAUUUGCAGGGGCCGACACGAAAAUAAUGAAGAACAGUGGGAAAACACGGUUUAAAAGGACCAAAAUUGACUCUCUUAUGAAUUUUAUGGUAUACAUGAUUUUUGUAUUACUCAUUCUGGAGUCUGCCGGACUGGCUAUUGGACACACUUACUGGGAACAACAAAUUGGGAAUUCUUCUUGGUAUCUCUAUGAUGGUGAAGAUCAUUCCCCUUCAUACCGUGGCUUCCUUAACUUUUGGGGCUACAUCAUUGUGCUUAACACCAUGGUUCCCAUAUCCCUCUAUGUGAGUGUUGAAGUGAUCCGUCUGGGCCAAAGUUAUUUUAUCAACUGGGACUUGCAGAUGUAUUAUCCAGAGAAGGAUACAGCUGCAAAAGCAAGGACUACCACUUUGAAUGAACAACUGGGACAGAUCCACUACAUCUUCUCAGACAAGACAGGCACAUUGACACAGAAUAUCAUGACCUUCAAAAAAUGUUGCAUAAAUGGACAAACCUACGGAGAGUGCAGGGACAAAACAGGCGAAGAGCACGAUCAUUUAGAACAAGUUGAUUUAAGCUGGAAUAUGCAUGCAGAUGGAAAACUUAAUUUUUACGAUCAUUACCUGAUUGAAAAAAUUAAAACUGGGAAAGAAACUGAAAUCCAGCAAUUCUUCCUCCUUCUGGCAAUUUGUCAUACAGUGAUGGUAGAUGCUAGUGAUGGUGAGCUCAACUAUCAUGCUGCUUCUCCAGACGAAGAGGCAUUGGUAACUGCAGCCAGAAACUUGGGCUUUGUUUUCCUCUCACGGACGCAAAAUACCAUUACAAUAAGUGAAAUGGGAAUUGUGAAAACAUACGACGUGCUUGCCAUUUUGGAUUUCAACAGUGACAGAAAAAGAAUGUCUGUUAUCACAAGAGAUCCCAAUGGGACCAUCAAACUUUAUUGCAAAGGAGCUGAUACAGUGAUGUUUGAACGGCUGCGUCCAAGAAAUCCUAACAAACAGGAUACCGAAGAUGCGUUGAAUAUCUUUGCAAAUGAAUCCCUUCGGACAUUGUGCCUUUGCUACAAGGAAAUUACCCAUUAUGAAUAUGAAUUAUGGGAAAAGAAGUUCAUGGCAGCUUCUCUGGCCUUAACAAAUCGUGACGCGGCUCUUGACAAAGUGUAUGAAGAAAUUGAGCAAAAUCUAAUUCUUUUAGGUGCCACGGCAAUAGAAGACAAGUUACAAGAUGGAGUGCCAGAAACCAUCUCCAAAUUGGCAAAAGCAGAUAUUAAGAUCUGGGUUUUGACAGGUGACAAAAAAGAAACUGCUGAAAAUAUUGGUUUUUCCUGUGAACUCUUAACAGAUGAAACUAAUAUCCACUAUGGAGAAGACAUCAGCGCUCUUUUGCAAACAAGAUUGGAGAACCAGAGGAACCAAAUCGGGACAUAUGACAAAUCUUCCAGCAGAGCCAAUGAACCCUUUUUCGAGGAAGGCAAAAACCAAGCAUUAAUUAUCACUGGAUCAUGGUUGAAUGAAAUCCUCCUGGAGAAGAAAACGAAGAAAAAGAAGCUCCUGAAACUGAAAUUUCCCAAAACAGCAGAAGAGAAGGAAAAGCAUAAGGAGACAAAGCGAAGAAUAGACUUGUACAAGGAGCAACAGCAGCGAAACUUUGUCGAUUUAGCUUGCGAGUGCAAUGCUGUGAUUUGCUGCCGAGUUACCCCCAAACAGAAAGCUAUGGUGGUCGACCUGGUAAAGAGAUACAAGAAAGCCAUAACCUUGGCUAUUGGGGAUGGUGCUAAUGAUGUGAAUAUGAUCAAAACUGCCCACAUUGGUGUUGGGAUAAGUGGUCAAGAAGGGAUGCAAGCUGUCAUGUCCAGUGACUACUCUUUCGGCCAGUUCAGAUAUCUCCAGAGGCUGUUGCUGGUUCACGGUCGAUGGUCUUACAUUAGAAUGUGCAAAUUCCUUCGGUAUUUCUUCUACAAAAACUUUGCUUUUACCUUAGUGCACUUCUGGUACUCCUUCUUCAAUGGCUUUUCUGCUCAGACAGCGUACGAGGAUUGGUUUAUCACGCUAUACAAUGUAUUAUAUUCCAGUCUGCCAGUUCUACUUGUUGGAUUACUUGACCAGGAUGUGAGUGAUAAACUGAGCAUACGGUUUCCUAGGCUGUACAUCUUGGGACAAAAAGACUUGCUUUUCAACUACAAGAAGUUCUUCUUAAGCCUGCUGCAUGGCGUUAUAACAUCCCUGAUCAUUUUCUUCAUACCCUACGGUGCUUACCUACAAACCAUGGGACAGGACGGAGAAGCGCCUUCUGACUACCAGUCAUUUGCAGUCACUGCCUCCUCUUCUCUCAUAAUUGCAGUUAAUUUUCAGAUGGGAAUGGAUACAUCUUAUUGGACAUUUGUUAAUGCCUUCUCAAUAUUUGGGAGUAUUGCACUUUAUUUUGGCAUCAUGUUUGAUCUGCACAGUGCUGGGAUCCAUGUCCUCUUUCCUUCUGUGUUUCAGUUUACAGGUACCGCUUCAAAUGCCCUCCGACAGCCAUAUAUCUGGUUGACCAUAAUACUGUCUGUCGCUCUCUGUUUGCUGCCCAUCAUUGCCCUCCGAUUCUUUGUGAUGACCAUCUGGCCGACAAAAAGCGAAAAGAUUCGGAAGAAUCGCCAAAAGUACAAGGCCGAAGAGGUGAAGUGGAAGCGAAGGCAGAGUGUUAUCCGUCGCGGGGUAACUGGUCGUCGUUCUGCGUAUGCUUUCUCCCAUCAGCGAGGUUACGCUGACCUCAUCGCUUCUGGGCGGAUCAUGCGGCGAAGGCGAGCCUCCCUAACAGCAGUUUUGGGCAGCAAUUUGGCUGAAAUUAGACGAGCUGAAGAAAACAGUUGAUGACUUCCCCAAUCCCACAGAAAGGAGAGGAAUGAUAGCACCAAAAGUUUAUUUUUCUUACCAAGGACGAAGGCUUCAUUUCUUUUUUGAAAAAAUGUGUGCAGGAUUAUGAAGGGAGUCUUAAUUAUUUUUCUUUUUCAAUUGCUUUGUUUGGGACUAAAAUUGGACAGGCCGAAUGGCUGAGUAUUUUUAAUUCUCCGUCCUUGCAUAAACAUUGCUUUUAUUUGGAACUGAAGGAUAUCCUUAUGCCUUGGACAUCAAGACCAACAAUUUUAAGGUGUUUUUAAACAGGUUUUUUUUUUAAAGAAAAACAAUUCCCACAGAGGUUUUACGCCUCAGCACCAAAGAUGAACCACUCCACGACAACAUAAUUCCGAGUGCCAUUUCUUUCCAUUAAUUUAUUCUACCAUCAUAUCAUUCUUCUUUGGCAGCCUAAGAAUGAUGUUUCUCCAACUAGCUGUGCAUUUUUAUAUUGUAAGCACUUAGAGCAUAAUGCACUAUCCAACGAAGUUGUACUGGUUGAUCGGAGCUGCAUGCUCUUAGUAAUGUUCAGACAUUUGGGGAGAGAAAGCUCAGCAGCGUUCAAGUUUGUAAUUCAAGAUGUCUUCACCAGAGGUUCCUUCAGGAAAACAAUAGUGUGUUAUAUAUUUUCAGGAAAACGAUAACUUGUUAUAUAUUUUCACUUUGGGCAUUGUGGGGGUCUCCCCUCUCUAAACGUGUAGCAGCUUUGUAGCAGCAAGAGUUAAUGUGCCUUUUCACCUUUACUCCAAAUCUUACUGUGUUAUUUGUAUUGGUUUGAGAAAUGGGAAAGACAGAGGUAAUCAGUGAAGGGUUUCCUCUUGGAUAUGUUGGUUGAUUUCAUCCUUGGCUUGUUCUUGGUCAAGGGAAAUGGCCGUGUAGUCACUAAACAACUGGAGGCAAUUUUUAUAUAGCACUAACUUCUAUGUUGGAAUGAUUUGUAUGAAGGAGGAAUAUCUGAGCAGCAUCAUGCUUGAAGAUGACAACGCCAAUUUCACCAUGCUUAUGUGACAAAAGAGAUGUGUGAAGGUUUAUCCCACACCAAAAAUUGCUCCCGUGCUAUAGACCUGUGAGAUCUAUGAAAGAAAGAGCAUAAUGCACUAUUCAUCAAAAGUUAUACUGGUCGAUCAGGGCUGCGUGCUUUUAAUCAUGUUCAGAUAUUUGGGCACAGAAAGUUCAUGUUCGUAAUCAAAUGCGUCUUCACCAGAGGGAGUCAUACAUCUUGUUUAUGGGAAUGAGAAGCACCGUUUGAAGCACUAGCUGAAGCAAGAGAAUAAUUUGCAUUUAUGAUGAAUCUAUAACAUGAUGUUUUUAAUA